ACAGCGGUAAUCUAAAGCUUCGACAAGCAUCACGCCUCCUUUCUCUCCCUCUUUCUACAGAAUCUUUGCUAGUUUUUCAACUCUCAGUCGCCGAUCGGUCGGAGGGAGAAACGACGAUGAUGAGCGCGAACGACGGUGCGGCCGGUCCGGUGAUGCGCCCCAAGACCAAGAUUGUCUGCACGCUGGGGCCGGCGUCCCGGUCGGUGCCGAUGGUCGAGAAGCUGCUCCGUGCUGGGAUGAACGUUGCGCGCUUCAACUUUUCACACGGAUCUCACGAGUACCACCAGGAGACCCUCAACAAUCUCCGUCAGGGUAUGGAGAACACCGGUAUUCUUUGCGCCGUCAUGCUUGAUACUAAGGGUCCAGAAAUUCGAACAGGGUUUUUGAAAGACAACAAGCCCAUCCAACUAAAACAGGGUCAAGAGAUUACUAUCUCCACUGAUUACAGCAUCAAGGGUGAUGAGAAUAUGAUCUGCAUGAGCUACAAAAAGUUGGCUGAGGAUGUCAAGCCUCAAAGUGUUAUACUGUGUGCAGAUGGCACCAUAUCCUUUACUGUUUUGUCAUGCGAUAAAAAGAAUGGUCUUGUUAGAUGCCGAUGUGAGAACACUGCUGUUCUUGGUGAGAGAAAGAAUGUCAAUCUCCCUGGGGUUAUUGUGGAUCUUCCAACCUUGACAGAUAAAGACAAGGAUGACAUCUUAAACUGGGGGGUACCUAACCAAAUUGAUAUGAUUGCCUUAUCCUUUGUUCGCAAGGGCUCAGAUCUUGUUGAAGUCCGGAAGCUGCUGGGUCCACAUGCAAAGAAUAUCAUUCUUAUGUCAAAGGUUGAAAACCAAGAAGGUGUAGCAAAUUUUGAUGACAUUCUUACCAACUCUGAUGCAUUUAUGGUGGCACGUGGUGAUCUGGGAAUGGAGAUUCCUAUUGAGAAGAUAUUUUUAGCUCAGAAAGUAAUGAUUUACAAAUGCAACAUCCAGGGGAAGCCUGUUGUCACGGCAACCCAGAUGUUGGAAUCGAUGAUCAAGUCUCCAAGGCCAACUCGUGCAGAAGCAACAGAUGUUGCCAAUGCUGUUCUUGAUGGGACAGACUGUGUGAUGCUUAGUGGUGAAACAGCUGCAGGGGCUUAUCCAGAUCUUGCAGUGAGUACGAUGGCCAAAAUUUGCAUAGAAGCAGAGAGCACAAUUGAUUAUGGAGAUGUGUUCAAAAGAAUGGUGGCAAAUGCACCAGUUCCUAUGAGCCCACUAGAGAGCCUUGCAUCUUCUGCUGUCCGAACAGCUAACUCUGCUAAAGCCUCUCUCAUCCUUGUCCUGACCCGGGGAGGAAGUACUGCAAAGCUGGUAGCCAAAUACAGGCCGGGAAUGCCUAUAUUGUCAGUCGUUGUCCCUGAGAUCAAGACCGACUCCUUUGACUGGUCAUGUAGCGAGGAGUACCCAGCGAGGCAUAGCCUUAUUUUCAGGGGACUAGUCCCAGUCCUGUGUGCAGGAUCUGCAAGGGCAUCCCACGAAGAGUCGACAGAGGAGGCACUCGUGUUCUCCCUCCAACACGGCAAAGAAAAAGGAUUAUGUAAGGUAGGAGAUGCUGUCGUGGUCCUUCACCGCAUUGGAACUGCUUCUGUGAUCAAGAUCGUGACAGUAAAGUAAGUGAUUGAGAAAUACCAACUUGGUUGUGGAGAAGCAAACAUUAUAUUCACUUUUCACUCUCUUUUGUUAAAUCAGAUUUUUUUGUUCUGCUUUUUAAUUUUACUUUUCCACAAGAGACAUCACUCUUCGCCUUAUUGGCUAUUGCACCCUUCCUCUUCUAGAAACCAUGUUUUGCCAGCCAAUUUUCCAACCUGAAUCCUGAAGCUGGAUUAUUUGCUAUAUCUUUUUGUUGAUUGAAGUAUUAAACAGUAGAAUAAUGAUUGUUAAAGAUGAGUGAAAGUUGAUUUGUUCAACAUCUCUA